UUGAACGUUCAAAGUAGGUGGGCCUUUUGGGAAUAGUAAUGGGCCAAUCUGGCACCCAAAACAAAUUCCACUGCCCUGAACUUGCUUUUGUGCGCUCCUUCUCGCUGCACUGCUUCCCCAAUCUUCUUCCAGGUGAUCAAGGAAUCAAAAUCGAAACAGCAGGCGUGUUGUGGAAGAUGACUUGCAUUGUUAGGGCUGCAUUGAGAUCCAAUUGCAGUUCAAGUGUUUGUGCAUUUGUUCAGAGAAGUCUUGGCCACCCAGUGAGGUGUUUCUCCACUGAAGCUGAACAGCCACCUCUGAAUUCAACUACCCCUCCUCCAUUCUUUGACGUUGAGCAUUCUGGAGUGACAUAUGGUAGGCUGUUUGGUAUUCGUAAACAUGUACUGAAAACAGAUAUCAUCAACUUCCUUGAAGGUUGUAAUUUGACUCUGGAGGAUGUUAAAUUGGAUUACAACCGUAGCCUUAUUCCAGUUUCAACGUUGUUGCAAUUCCCUUCUCGUUCUUCGUAUGACAACGCUAUAAGGGUGAUUGUAAGGAACGGACGCUUGUACAAAUUGGAUAGGGCUGAUCGAUCCCAAUGGGACAUAGUAAAGCCAUAUGAUGGAAAAACUAUUUUGAUUCAAGGAAUGCCUCGAGCUGCUACAUAUGAAGAUUUAGUGCGAACCCUGUCCGGUUGUGAAUAUGAUUCCUCCUCCGUCAACUUGUUUUUGAGGCCAGGAGAAGGGGGGACUGCAGAACCUAUUAAGUUGGCCACUGUACGUUUCCAUUCAAGGACUCAAGCAAUGAAUGCCUACAUAGCAAAAAAUGGAACCUUUUGCCAAAACAGUCGCAUUUCGAUACAAGUUUUGCAGUAAUUCAUGCCCCUCACUACUACUUUAACAAAGCUUAGAAUAUUUAGAAAGUUUUUUUUUUUUUUUUUUCAUUCCAUGGUUAUUUGGGGGUUCAUAAUGCCUCUGGUUUAAGGUGAUGCAAGGAAAUGUUAAAAGUAUGGCAAAAUGUCUACCUUGAGUGGCAACACUUGACGAAUUAGUUGAUCGGUUAGUGAUGAAGAGGUUGGUUUUUCUUUAUAUUGAAAUGCGUUUUUAUGUAACCAAUUAUUCAAGGUUUUUCAAUGACUUGAAAUCGUGGUGUUGAUUGUAUGAGAAUUUGACUUUUCAAAUUCUAUAUAUCAAUAUGUCUUGGUAUUUGCAUGCU